GAUGCUCCGACUGAUUCUAGAAGAUAGAUAGAGAGAGAGAGAGAGACAAGCUGGACUCCAGAGAGAGAGACAUACCACCUUUGAUUAAUUCCCCCCUUCACACUCUCCUCUCGGUUUUUGCAAAGCUCGCUGACGACAGGACACAGAAGACAAGAUGGGAACAGGGAAAGGACGGGAAUACACUCCCACCGACACGUCAGAUAAUGCCAAGAAGAAAAAGGUCAAGAAGGAUAUGGAUGAGCUGAAGAAAGAGGUGACCAUGGAGGACCACAAGUUGACCCUGGAUGAACUCAGCCGUAAAUAUGGAACGGACCUGACCCGGGGUCUGACGUCUGCUCGCGCUGCGGAGAUUCUGGCCUUGGAGGGUCCCAACGCACUGACCCCACCCCCGACCACGCCGGAAUGGGUCAAAUUCUGCCGCCAAUUAUUUGGGGGCUUCUCAAUCUUGCUGUGGAUUGGGGCAAUUCUCUGUUUCCUGGCCUACAGCAUCCAGGCAGUUAUGGAGGAUGAACCAUCAAAUGACAACUUAUACCUGGGUGUGGUUCUGGCUGCAGUCGUCAUAAUCACUGGCUGUUUCUCCUACUAUCAAGAGUCGAAGAGUUCCCGGAUUAUGGAUUCAUUCAAGAGCAUGGUCCCUCAGCAAGCCCUGGUGAUUCGAGAAGGCGAGAAACUUCAGAUCAACGCCGAGCAGGUUGUGACUGGCGACCUGGUGGAGGUGAAGGGGGGAGAUCGCAUCCCAGCGGACCUACGCAUCAUCUCAUCCCAUGGCUGCAAGGUUGAUAAUUCCUCUCUCACGGGAGAAUCAGAGCCACAGACACGAUCGCCCGAAUUUACAAACGACAAUCCUUUGGAGACACGAAAUAUUGCAUUUUUCUCAACAAACUGUGUAGAAGGGACGGCCCGGGGGUUGGUGAUCUUCACCGGGGACCGGACUGUGAUGGGCCGAAUCGCCACCCUGGCCUCGGGGCUGGACGUGGGCCAGACUCCCAUCUCCCGCGAGAUCGAGCACUUCAUCCACAUCAUCACCGGCGUGGCCGUCUUCCUCGGGGUCUCCUUCUUCGUUCUGUCACUGAUCCUGGGCUACUCGUGGCUCGAGGCCGUCAUCUUCCUCAUUGGCAUCAUCGUGGCCAAUGUCCCCGAGGGACUCCUCGCCACCGUCACGGUCUGCCUCACUCUAACUGCAAAACGCAUGGCUCGCAAGAACUGCCUGGUGAAGAACCUGGAGGCCGUGGAGACCCUGGGCUCCACCUCGACCAUCUGCUCGGACAAGACAGGGACCCUGACCCAGAACCGCAUGACUGUCGCCCACAUGUGGUUCGACAACCAGGUCCACGAGGCCGACACGACAGAGGAUCAAUCUGGCACAGCUUUCGAUAAGACAUCAUCGACCUGGGUUGCUCUCUCCCGAAUCGCUGCCCUGUGUAAUAGGGCUGUAUUCAGGGCCGGACAGGAAAACGUUUCCAUCUCCAAGCGGGAAACAGCUGGUGAUGCCUCGGAGUCCGCACUGCUCAAGUGCAUCGAGCUGUCGUGUGGUUCCGUCCGUCAGAUGAGGGAGAAGAACCCCAAAGUGACUGAGAUCCCCUUCAACUCCACCAACAAAUACCAGGUGGGUCACAGGAACAUGGGGCCCAGGGUCCAGGGCUUAGGGAUAGAGGGAAGGGAUCGCAGAGCUCUCUCCCUCUCUCUCUCUCCCCCUCUCUCUCUCUCUCUCCCCCCCCUCUCCCAUCCCCGACACAGUGUCCUAACCGGACAUAACCACUAUGUGAUGUGUGCCCAGUUCCACCCGUCGGAAGACCUGGUUGUCUCAGCGAGUUUGGACCAGACUGUGCGGGUCUGGGAUAUUUCUGGUCUAAGGAAGAAGAACCUCUCCCCUGGGGCAGUGGAGAGUGAUGUCCGGGGGAUUUCUGGUGUCGAUCUCUUUGGGACCACUGAUGCGGUGGUCAAGCAUGUCUUGGAGGGCCAUGACCGAGGCGUGAACUGGGCAGCCUUUCACCCCACCAUGCCCCUGAUUGUGUCAGGAGCGGACGACCGGCAGGUGAAGAUCUGGCGGAUGAAUGACUCGAAGGCCUGGGAGGUGGACACCUGCCGUGGUCACUACAACAACGUCUCGUGCGCCGUAUUCCAUCCCCGUCAAGAACUCAUCCUUAGCAACUCGGAGGACAAGAGCAUCAGGGUCUGGGACAUGUCCAAGAGGACCGGUGUGCAGACCUUCCGACGGGACCAUGACCGCUUCUGGGUCCUUGGCGCCCACCCCAACCUCAACCUGUUUGCCGCCGGUCACGACAGUGGGAUGAUUGUGUUUAAAUUGGAGCGAGAGAGACCUGCCUACGCGGUUCACGGAAACGCCUUGUUUUACGUCAAAGAUCGUUUCCUGAGGCAACUGGAUUUCCACAGCUCCAAGGAUGUGGCCGUGAUGCAGCUCCGGAGCGGUUCCAAGUUCCCGGUGUUCAGCAUGUCCUACAACCCGGCCGAGAACUCGGUGCUGCUGUGCACGCGAGCCAGCAACCUGGAGAACAGCACCUACGACCUGUACACCAUUCCCAAGGACUCGGACUCUCAGAAUCCAGACGCCCCUGAAGGAAAGCGAUCCUCUGGCCUGACCGCAGUCUGGGUGGCCCGGAACAGAUUUGCCGUCCUGGACAGGAUGCACUCGAUCCUGAUCAAGAACCUGAAGAACGAGAUCACUAAGAAGGUCCAGGUGCCGAACUGCGAUGAGAUUUUCUACGCUGGGACUGGCAACCUCCUCCUGAGGGACCCAGACGCCAUCACUCUCUUCGACGUGCAGCAGAAGAGGUCUCUCAGCUCCGUCAAGAUCUCCAAGGUGAAGUACGUGGUCUGGUCCAGCGACAUGGCUCAUGUGGCCCUGCUCUCCAAACACGCCAUCCUCAUCUGUAACCGUAAACUCGAGUCCCUGUGCAGCAUCCACGAGAACAUCCGCGUGAAGAGUGGAGCCUGGGAGGAGAGCGGAGUGUUUAUCUACACCACCAGCAACCACAUCAAAUACGCCCUGGUGUCUGGGGACCACGGGAUCAUUCGGACGCUGGAUCUGCCGAUCUACAUCACCCGGGUGAAGGGGAACAGCGUCUACUGCCUGGACAGAGAAUGCCGUCCCAGAGUGCUGACCAUCGACCCCACCGAGUUCAGGUUCAAGCUGGCACUGGUCAACCGCAAGUAUGACGAGGUCCUGCACAUGGUCCGAAAUGCGAAGCUGGUUGGCCAGUCGAUCAUCGCCUACCUUCAGAAGAAGGGCUACCCCGAGGUGGCCCUGCAUUUCGUCAAGGACGAGAAGACUCGGUUCAGCCUUGCCCUGGAGUGUGGCAACAUCGAGAUCGCAUUGGAGGCAGCCAAGGUCCUGGACAACCAGAGCUGCUGGGAGAAGCUGGGGGAGCUCGCUCUCCUCCAGGGCAACCACCAGAUUGUGGAGAUGUGUUAUCAGCGCACCAAGAACUUUGACAAGCUCUCCUUCCUCUACCUCAUCACAGGAAACCUGGAGAAGCUCCACAAGAUGAUGAAGAUAGCCGAGAUCAGAAAGGAUAUGAGUGGACACUAUCAGAACGCUCUGUACCUCGGUGAUGUGCUGGAGAGGGUCCGGAUUCUGAAAAACUGCGGACAGAAAUCCUUGGCCUACCUGACUGCAGCCACUCAUGGCCUGGAUGAGGAAGCUGAGGCCCUGAAAGCUUCGUUCAACCCUGAAAAGGAAACAGUGCCAGAUAUUGACCCAGAUGCCAAGCUCCUGCAGCCACCACCUCCCAUCAUGCCGCUGGACACAAAUUGGCCACUGCUGACUGUCUCCAAGGGCUACUUUGAGGGAAGCAUCGCACCAAAGGGUAAGGGAGGGCAGUUAGCGGUUGACCCGUCCGUGGAGAAUGCCGGAGCUGACGGCUGGGGUGAAGAUGCCGAACUGCUUUUGGAUGAAGGUGAGUGAGUGUCCG